CCCGCGCUAUAUAGAGGGCGGCGCGGCGAGCGGCAGCGGUAGAGGUGGUUGUGGUGGCAGCUGAGGGUGUGGGCAGGGAGGAGGGAGAUAGGUGCUUUGGUGGUGCCGCCGCGGUUGUUGAACGGCCGUGCAAACGCCUCUCGUCGUAGUCUCGGGCGGCUGUUGGUACCGCCGGCGAAACUGCGGCCGUGACCCGCUCCCUUAGCGUUGCGGCCGGUGCGUGCGCGGCUACGCGCGGUUCCAGGAGGCGGCAGCGGUACUGAAGAGGGAGGUCGCUCUCCCUUCCUGCGACACUAUGAAAGCCGUCAGCCCCGUCCGGCACCCCAGCCGCAAAGCGCAGCCCGGCGUGGCGGGCGGCGGAGGGGGCCACCCGGCCCUGCGGUGCUUGGCCGAACAUAGCGGCUGCAAGGGGGGGCCGCCGUCGGGCGAAGAGCCGGCGGCGCUCUGCCUGCAGUGCGAUAUGAAUGACUGUUACAGCCGGCUGAGGAAGCUGGUGCCCACCAUUCCUCCUAACAAGCGGGUUAGCAAAGUGGAGAUCCUGCAGCAUGUUAUUGACUACAUCCUCGACUUACAGCUGGCUCUGGAGACGCACCCGGCGCUCCUACGGCAGCAGCAGCCGCCCGCCCUCCACCCGGGCAGCUGUCCCGUGGGCACCCCAAGGACCCCGCUGACAGCCCUCAACACUGACCCGGCUGGCUCUGUUAACAAGCCGGGGGACAGCAUCCUCUGCCGCUGACCGCCGUUCCUCAGUCGGUCUGGAGCGGAGCGGUUCACACACCCCCUCUAUUCAUUC